CCCAAAGAGCGUCGCAGGAGCAACCAGAAGGGACGACAUUAGCAGAUUGGUUCAACAUCAUCAUGCAAAUGGAGGAGCGGAAGGCCGCGACCGACGCGCCGUCGCCGGCUCAUGCGAGCAGCAGCGGCAGCGGCAACUACUACCAAGGCUUGCACCCGUACCAGCAAGCGCAGCUCAUGCGGCGACAGCCCUCGUGCCCGAUCUGCGGGUCGCAGUCGCUGCCGCCCAACAUGGUCCUCGAGCCGUGCCAGCACCAGUUCCACUUCCACUGCGUCGAGGGCUACAUCCAGAACGAAAAGACGUGUCCUGUCUGCCGAACGCCUAUCCAGCGCCACCAAGGGAUCAACCGAUCCUUCCCGACGAUGGCCACGCAGGGCGGCCAUCCGCACGACUACCCGGUGCCACUCCACAACCAAGGCCAGAGCGCGAUGCCAUUGGGUCGCCAGUCGUACGCGCCGCCACAGAUGCAUGCGAUGCCUCCGACCAACGGCAGUAGCUACAACGGCCAGGCGCCGAUUGGCCACUUCCCGAGCGCCAGUGUAUACGAGCUGCCGCCCGAAGUCUUCUUGGACACAUCGUACGAGCAGCAAGGAUCGAAUGCGCCCGGAAAGAUGCGCAAGGGCAAGUGGACAGCCGAAGAAGCGCUGUACUGCGACCGCCUCAUUGAAGAGUUCAAGCUCGGGAACUUGCCCCUGGCCGAGGGCACGACGCUGCGCACGUUCCUCUCCAAGCUCCUCAACUGCGACCCGAUGCGGAUAUCGAAGAAGUACACGGGUAACCAGUGCAUAGGCAAGAUCAUCUUUCGCAAAAAAGCCAAAGAGCCCUCCAAAGACGAAGUCGAGACGACGCGCAAGCAGCUCGCCGAGCUCGAGCGCGUGUACCUCGAGCGUGAACGUAUGAACCAGCAGCGCCGCGAGAAGAGGCUUGAGACCGAGCUCACGCGGGACCGGGGCCGUCUGCUCACGACGCGACCGAUCUACCACGGCAUGCCCGGCCAGGCCCCGCCGUCAAUGGGCCAAGGCCCACCACCUCCCAUAGGCCAGGGCCCGCCACCGACAGCGCCACCUCCCGGGUACCAUCACCACCCUGGCAUGCAGCAGCACCACCCGAUGCAACAACACAUGCAGCCGGCGUACCCGCACCACCAUCACAGCAACAACAACAAUAACAAGAGCAACGGAGCGAGCAAGCCAACCGGUCCGGACGCCGAAAAGUCAAGUAGCCGCCACGUGAGCCCUCAACAGCACGACCCGAGCCCACGCCACACAUCAUCGCAGUCACCAGCGCACGUCAAGACGGAGCAGACGACAACAGAGCACAAGGACAACGACGACGAAGACGCCAAGCACCACGUUGACACCAUGCCGCGUGUCUCAUCGAUCGACAGCUUCUCGUCGCUCUUUCCGCGCAUCGCGUCGCUCGACUGCUUCCAGGGCCUCCAGUCCAUGUCGCGCAACCCGUCGUCCAUGUCACUCUCCAACCAUGGUGACGCAGGGAUGUUUCGGUCGCCGUCGCUCGAGUGCUUCAACGGCAUCCCGCGCGUCAACUCGCUCGAGCAAUUUUCGAAUUUCAUUGCGAGCAUGCCGCCGGCCGAAGCGUCGAGCAAAAAGGAGUCGCCGGUGGACCAUCCAUUUGCCGAGCCAACGCCAAAGGGCAAGCCGCCCAUGUCGGGCAUUGCCCGCGCCGCGUCGUCGGACAAGCUGCACACGUCGAUGACGUCAUCAACAACAAUGAGUCUCCCGCGCGUGCCAUCGCUGGACAAGGCGCUCGACAAGAUGCCGCGCGUCCCGUCCAUGGACCGGCUCCACGGCAGCGGCAUUCCGCGUGUGCCGUCGCUCGGCGGCCUUCCGCGCAUCAACUCGACCGAGGCAUUUCUGCAGCACAUUCCGUCUCUGUCCAACUUGAGCGGCCUCAUGCCGUCGUUUGGGUCCUUUGACAAGCUGAGCUCGCUCUCGAAGGAGUCCAAGCACCUGGCGAUUCCACGCAACUCGUCGCUCGAGGACAUUUUGUCGCUGGUCGCGGCGUCGGCCGACCACGAAAAUAACCCGCGCCUGCUCAAACGCAAGGCCGAGAGCAGUACCGAGCCGCUUCUCGGGGGUAUCCACAAGAGCAAGCUGCCCAUGAACGCAUCGGAUGGUCCAUCGACCAGCCUCUCGGAGAAGAAGCAGCGCCUGUAAGAAAUUUGAACCCUGUCUUGUUGUUGUGUGUUGCUGCUUGCGCGCUCUGUACUGUCGCUUCAAUGGAGUUGAAAUGUUG